AGCUGGUACUGGAGAGCUGGUUAGAAGGCCUGAAACAAUGACUGUCAUUGUGGUUGUGUUUUUAUGACAUUGAUGGCAUAGAAAUAGUCUCACUUGCAAGAUCACCAAUACCAUCAGUGUUCUUCUCUUUUACCUCAGAGGGCAAAGUUUCAUACUUCGGAGAUCUUGGGUAAUCUGAAGAAACAGAUUUUCUGCACCUUUAGAAAUAAUCACAGAUCCUUUCUCUCUUGCUGCUUAACAACUCUGGACUGUGUUUACAUUCCCCUUCAGAAGAAUUCAGUUUUUAUUAUUUCAAUCCUUUAACCACUUGUUUCCUUCAGCCUAGAUAUGUUGAGUGAGGUAAAUUCGUAUUGAUGUUUGGAAAUCAAGGCUCAUAAGCCACUCGCAGUAUUGAUCAGCUUUCACAUUUGCUACGGUUAGAAAGAGAGAGUUUCCUAGUGAAUACAUUGCUGUGAAGAUAAAAUAAGAUGGGAUUGUGACAUGACGCUCUAUAGAAAUAUGCUUAUGAUAUGAAUAUGGCAUAAUUAAGAUAUAUUUUAGGCAAGAUGGCUCAUGUAAGAUAUCAUUGGAAAAGUUAUAAUUUACUGAUUGUGCUUAUCCAAUUUGUAUGCAUGUAUCAUCUCUGUCUCUGAAGUUAGGAAUAUUGACUAUGUAACAAUUACAACUGCGGCUAUACUUGGAGACGCCCACCAGACAAUCAGCAGUCAGCCUUAAUGGGCCAUUAGGAAAAAGACAAUGAGUCUUCGAAGAAGUGGAUCCCAUCCUGUAGACAUUGCAAAUUCAUCUGGUUUCAUGGCUGCUUUGACACUGCAAGGUCAGGCUGUUCCUGCAGGGUUACAUGUGCGAUUAAAUCUUCAAACAGGGGAAAGAGAAGCCAGGCUUCCAGAUAACAAAAAUGAAAAAAGUGACAUGAAACACCAGAAGAAAAGAAAAAGGCUGGAUGAGAUGCAUAUCGAUUCAAACUCAUUUACAGCACAGGAACUCAAAGAGGCUUUGGCUAAAAUGAAGGAAAAAGAAAAGACAGAAAGCACAAUGGAACAAAAGGCUAAUCUGGAAGAUGUGAGAAAAAGGUUUCGUCCCAUAGAAGAGCUGAAGAAGGAGUUUGAAGAACUCAACAUGAAGAUAGAAACUGAUUUGGAAGUUAUGGUUAAAUUAAUCAACAAAUUCAACAGCUCUACUUCUGCUCUGGAUGAAAAAGUAGCAGCACUAUACGACCUUGAGUAUUAUGUUCAUCAGGUGGACAAUGCAAAAGACUUUCUUUCCUUGGGUGGACUUCAGCUUGUGAUUAAUGGACUAAACAGCACCGAGCCUGUGCUAAAGGAACAUGCUGCCUUUGUCCUGGGAGCUGCACUAUCUAGCAAUCCCAGAGUUCAGGUGGAAGCAAUUGAGGGUGGUGCUCUGCAAAAACUGCUGGUUAUUCUGGCUACAGAACAACCAUUGGCUGUGAAGAAAAAGGCUCUCUUUGCUUUGUCUUCGAUGCUGAGACACUUCCCCUAUGCCCAGCUGCAGUUCCUCAAGCUUGGUGGCCUUCAAGUACUUAGAAAUCUCUUCAAAGAAAAAGGCAUGGAGACGCUCUACAUCCGUAUUGUGACGCUGCUCUAUGACCUGAUUGUGGAAAAGAUGCUUCUUGAGGACUCUGAGAACAAGGAAGACCAAUUGGAAGAGAAAGUUCAGCAGUACAAACAAGUGAACCUCGUGCCAGCUGUGGUGGAGCAAGGCUGGUGUGAGAUUAUUUCUAACCUCCUGGCAUUGCCGGAGCAUGACACCCGAGAAAAAGUUCUAAAAACAGUGCGUGUUCUGAUGGCCGCCUGCAGGGACAAAUACCAAGGGGACUAUGCCCUCAACACCACACUGAGCAUGCUCCGCAUCGAGUACGAAGAUUUGGCAGCAGAAGAACAAAGGGAAGGGGACAAUGAUAGCUAUUUUAAGGAACUCCUUAGCUCUAUAAAUACCAUUAUUCGGGAGUUAAGAUCAGGAUAUCUGUAAUCUGACUGAGCUUUAAAAAAAUAAUUCAUGACAACCUGAUGAAUUUUGACGGAUAUGCAUAAACAAACUAUUGAGUAAGCUGCUGGUCAAAGCAAAAUCCCUCCACAAGGCAAGUGAGCCAACAGCUCCAUUAUUAAAGAAAGAUACAAACAUUUUGGGGAGUGUUUUCAUUUCACAUCUUGGUCCAUACUAAGAUUCCAGAUAAUGGGAGUAUAUGUAUUUAAGGAAUAUUGCAUCUUGUCCUCAACCACUAAUAUGUUUAAUGUAAGUGACAGAAUGUUUCAAUCUGUUUAGUAAAAUGCAGAGAUGCUUCAGGUUCCAAAGAACCGAUGCACAUUUUUGAUCACAUACUUGAUAAUUCAGGCAACUAUACAUCUGUGCUUUGUAAAGGAAAAAGACUUUCCCACGCAACUGUGAUCGGUCUUUGUUCUUUUUUUAAUGGUGACCCUUUCUUUUGCUACUUACAAUUUAUACAGAAGGAUCAAAAGCUGUUAGGUUUCUAUUUUUAGUUGCUUUCUGCUUGUGUUGUCCCUCAGAAACAACAUGGGUAUCAACACUUGUUUUCCUGGGUUUGCUGGAGGUCUGCAUAGAGGACCCAUAGAUUCAGAUUAGGAGCCUUCUCCAACCUUUGUUGAAAGAUGUUGAAUAUUCAACAAAAAAGAGCCUUUCUUCCAGCUAUUUGUUAGGGUUAUGAAUUAAAUAGAUGUUAAAAAACCCCAAAUAAAAACUCAGGCAUUCUAAACAAAAAAGAAAUAAUUAGAAAUAAUUUAUCCUGCCAAUUAAUCAGGUUUCUCUUGCUUGGUAUCUGUGAUGUCAUGAAUAUAUUUGUCGUCCGUUUUUUGAUAGAGCCUGCUUGGAAAAGAAAGAUAGCCAAGACCUGAACUUCUGAUGAGUGAGGAGGGGUCGAAAGGGAGCUAUUGGCAGGGAAAUCUUUCAGGCCUUCUUUAAAGAAACAAAACAAAAAAGACACCAGUCGUCUGUCAAUGAAUUUCCCAGCCCAUGGCACUCAGGCCUGGUAGCUUCUAUGUAUCACCCUCCCUGACUGGCAGCAGGGGCUAGUCGAGCACAGGGCUCGACUCAGCUAAGCCCGUGCUGCUAGUUGUACUCUCUGAUGCUUUGCAGAUAAAUGUCCAUUAAAGGCUGGAUUGAGGCCACCACUUCCAUUUCCCCUGCAACCUGAAUCUAGACCCUGACACAGGGGACAGCCUAGUACAUUAACCCAGGAUUCCACCUGCCCCCUCCAGCACUCCAGCUUCUGUUUAGAAUUUUUAUUCACAAAAGCCCUUUAACAACACUUGGAUUUCCGGCAGCAUUCCUGCUAUGGAGAAUGCUGUCCUGUCAUCUAAGUGUGACUGAUCUAAUGCUGUGUCAUCCCAAAGGCAGUUUCUCUAAUACAGUGGAGGGAGAGAUGGUUUGCUCCCUGGGCCAUGCAGACUUGGGCUAACCAUGCCCUUUUAGAGUCAUGUUGUCUUCAAUGCCUGGAUUAAGCACUCAGGUGAGGGGAUCCCCCUGCUUGGCAUGGUGGACUGCGCUUGUAAUCCAUAUGCCUCCUGCAGGGUUUCCCCAGUGGGAGUCCCUACUGAUGAUAUAAUAAAUAGUGUAUUUAUAUGGCAGCCGUCUGCUAGUGCUUUGUAGGAACUACAGAAAACUGUGUGCUUACAAUGAAAUGAGGCACCAAACACAAGGUGUCCUCCAGCCCUUUCUAAAGCAGGCAAAAUCUAUGCAGGUGGACAGGUCCUUGCUCCAGCACAGGCUUGCUGCAGAAAAACUAGGGCCUGGCUCUAGUUUGCCUGCACAGAGUCCUGCAACCCAGGAGUUUCCCCCCACCCCUGGGGGAAAUGGUACACAGGGUUACAUUAUAGGCUGUGAGCCUUCAGCUUAACUAGCUGUAUGCCAUCACCUUCCCUGCCACUGACAUAGGGGGUUAAGUGCCUGAAAAAGACUUUCCAGCAUGACCAAGAUGCAGGGGAGCCCUUAGGGAUUAUUAGCUGCGGGGGGCAGCUGCCCAGGCUCAGGGAUGUGCAAAUAUGGCUUUAAGCCACUUCCACAUGCAUGUUGUACAGGAGUUGCUCUGUGCAUGUUUCUGCCCCAGCUGAGGGGUGGGGGUCAUGGAGGCGGGGCCCGCUCCAGGCACCAACUCAGCAAGCAGGUGCUUGGGGCAGCCAAGGGGAAGGGGCAGCAUGUCAGGCUCUUUCGUGGCAAGUCCCUCUGUCCUUCUCGGAAGGAAGGACCUGCUGCCGAAGAAGAAAGCGGUGGUGGUAGAGCUCCUGCAGAUUGCGCUCGCAGCUCUUUUUUUUUGUCGCUGGGGCGGCAAAAACCCUGCAGCCGGCCUUCAUGGAGUUCACCAGACCCAGGUCCUGUUAACUGUCAAAACUAAACCCAAUAUAUUCUCUCUUCCUGCCAACAGGCAGCAGCCAGGUUACUUAUGCCAAGUGCACUGGUAUCAUUAUGGGGGGGCAGGGCUAGAGCACUAAACCAGCGAUCAGCACCUGGCCUAAAGAGCACGUGUCAGAUAGCCAGGCUUGCUGGUGAAGAGGCCUACUGUGGAGUUGCUGUACCAGGGAAGGACGCGCUCUGACACUACCAGCAAUUGUAAUCCUGAGAGCUGUGUUCAUGGUGGUCCACGUAAACCAAGACUGGCAGCCAGCAAGGGGCUUAGCAAACUGAGGGUGGCUGAUUGUCUCUGUAAUGGGGUAUUAGGCCCCACAUGCCCAUCACCUAAAGCAGCCUUGUUUCAUGGCACUAGUCAGGCCCCAUUCUUUAUCACCUCUGGAAUCGGUUCCAAAAUUGCUGUCUAACACUCACGGGUACAUCAAAAUAAUGGUUACGUCAGCAGGGUGAACGCUACCCGUGGAAGGCACAAUAGCAAAAGGAUCGGUGGCCACCUACAAUCACAACCUGGAAAUUUGGACCUGCUUAACCAGCUUAAGUUUGUUAUGCUCCUUGUAUUUAUGAGGUCAGCAUAACAAAUACUGUGCUAAUGGGCCAUGCCUGUCUAGGGCAGUUCCAUCAAGACCGAACUAGCUCGGCGUUCAUGCUGGCACCCACCUACAUGUCUGGGCAGCAAAUACCAAAGUACUGUCAAAAAGGGACAAACAAUUUAUACCUGUCACGCACAAAAUGGACAACCACCCUCUAAGAAUGACGUAGGCCUACUGAGCUUUGUAUUGAUUGGGCUGUUUUAAAGCAUUAGCCCUUCCUUCUUGAUGCUAAAAUAUUUGACUCUCUUUUACAGCCUGUCAAGUGUCACUAUUCAGUAAUAGGUAUUUAUGCAUAUUGAUUUGCCUUUGUUUGAAUUAAAAAAUAUUUAAAUACAGUUACAGAAAUCCA